UCUCCGCCCUCACACGGCAGCUUCACGAAUCGCGAGUAAAUUGACAAAAUGGACGCAAGGGACGCCAACAUGGCGGCCCUCCUGAUCUUGUUUGCAAUGUUUGCUGUGUCCCGCGGCCGGUAGUCCCACAUUUCUCAUCCCCAUCGAGAGAAAAUUUAGUAGCGAAAGCAGGGGACGGCCAUGGAUACCAGCAAGACGAGCAGCAUCAAGUCGCUCCUGCUCCAAGCUUGGAGAGAACGGUGGACGGACGUGAGAUGGGGCAUCAACAUCAAGAACGUUCUUCCUCGCGGCGUGAGUGGCGAUGUGUACGACCUGGCGGACUGCAUCCUUCAGGAAGCGCUGGUUGGCCCUGGGCCGAACAACUUGUUCCUUUCCUACCUGACACAUUGCCUGAGCGCGCAAGUGGUCUCCUACGGAGCCGUGCUCUCCAGCAUCGGCAGGUUCCAGUCUUUCUUUAAGCCGCCGUGCAUUUUAAGUCUGCUGCAGCUGUUGUACAGCAUCCAAGCUAAAGUCACCUGUCACGGCAACGAGGAAGAGUGUAUUGCCCUGUGCAAGGCGAUCGUCAGCGUCACCCAUUGGCUUUACAUGUGCAUGUGCCAUUCCAUCAGCAAGAUCGUGGAGCUGAAGCAGAGCACAGAACACGGCCUUAUCCUGGAGAAGGCUUGCGAGACGCUCUGCUUUUUCAGCGAAUCGACUUUCCUCAAGUCCCUGUUGUACAUCGGAAAGCACGAGGAUUCAGCAGUGUAUUCGCAGCUUGUGCAGAAGCAGCAAGAGUUAGAAACCAAACUGAGCCAGUCGCAGGGAUUCAACAUUUCGAAGGACACCCUCGAAUGUGCACUUAACCUGGUCAGGCUAGUGGAUGAUAUGCCGCAUAUUUCGUUGUCGUCGUGCGUCAGCGGCCGUGUGCCAAAACAGCCCCUCGUUUGCAGUCUGAAUGCCAACGUUGCCAUUGAAGCUGUGCUGAACCCAGCAAGUGACAUUCAGGCAAGUGUUGAUCAUCUUCUACUCAUGAAGAAGCUUCUGAACCUAUCCUCGGCAGAGCUCUACUGUGAGAUCAUCCGAGCCUGUUUCAUGGGACUUGCCAACGGAAGCAGUGAAGACUUAAAGUGGCCUGCCUUCACAUUUCUGAAGGUUCCACAGCUGUUGCUGAAGAUCCACAGUGCCCGAAAGGACGACCGACAGUGGGAGGAAGAGUUAGAAGCCGGUCUCAUGCAACUCCUCAACUACACCCCAUUGCUCGAUCUGACAGAUUCCAAGUGUCAUUGUGAUUGCUUGCAAUACCUUCUGAAUGAGCUUCAGAAAGUAGAGCUUCUGACUGAAGCCCAAGCCAAAGCCCUAAUGCAUCGCAGGCAGGCCAACACUCAGAAGCAAAACCUGGCUAGGCAAGGUCCACAAACAUCGCAGGCUGGAGCUACGCUCAUCCUGAAGGCAGAGCCAACUGUCACGAGCAUCCUCAAGUCAUUGGAUGCAGACUACUCCAAGAACCAAGAUGGCUUGCUUGGGAUCUUGUGCCACAUGAUCACAGGGAGAAGCUUUGAGCUGAUCCUCUCUGCUGCUGCAGCAACAGGGAAGCUGAAUAGUUUUGUGAAAAAGCUUAUCAAAUUCAACGAGUACAACAAGCAGAUCAGCGGAGAAACCACCAGGAAUGCCCAGACUCGGACCUUGCUGUUCGACAUUACAUUUUUGAUGCUCUGCCACAUUGUGCAGAAUUAUGGAAUUCAUUCUGUAGUUUUCAACGAAGAAACAAGGGACUCAUUCUUUACAACAUGGGUUCCCGAGUGCCUAGCUGAGGGUGGGCGCUACAACUGCCCCGAGAAAAUGCUGGCUGGCUGUGACCCUGCCAAAGUAGAUCUGUUGCUGGCCCAGCUCAUGAAUAAUGACAAUGACUUCAUGACUAACCAGGUCAAGUGGCACGAGGUGUGCGUGAACAUACCAAUGGCGAUAAAGGAGAUUUUGGUUGCUUGGGAACACGGUGCUAUCUCGACAGACAGUGUAAAGAUGAUCCUCGACAAUGUCAAGAGUCGCAUAUGCUGCCUACCCGUGUGCAUCUCAGCUUGGUUAUGCAGCUACAUCAAUGUCCUGCAUCACCAGGAACAGCUGAAGCCAAUGAAUAUGCUACAGCACUUCAUGACUCCAUUAUCCACAGAUGCUUCAGGGAACUCCGAGGGAGGCGGUGAACGUCCAAUCCCGCAGGAGCCACAUUCCUUGUACAAGGAACGAUCGCUGCUCAUGACAAACAUUGUAAAGAAGAUGAUGUAUGACCUGCAUCCUCCGCAACAGUCGAAGCUUAAAGGCCCCUUGGUCAUCUCACAUGGCUUAACAAACAAAACACCGCUCUGGGAAAUCAUGGACUCCGUCUUCUCGGCUGCCCACGCUCGGGGCUGGAUUGACCUGCGUGCUAUUCAGAGUCUGGACACCUUGAUGUGCGUCGGAGGACCCCAGUGGUUCUGUGACACACUGGUGCGCCAAGCCCUGAAGCACGACCACCUGGAAGACCUGCACCGUGCCAUUGACCUCUCCUUCGGACUGUUCCACAUCGACAUAGAGCAGUGCGCUCUGGCACUCCUGACUCAAGUCCUUCCCAGCUACCUCCUCUGGGAGACUAGACAGGACAGCCUUACCGAGCCACGAGGCUCUGCGCUGGCAAGACUCACUGUCCUCACAACCUUUGCAGCCUUGCAGGUCAGGACGAGCCAGCCAUCUGUCGGCACGCAGCGGGGAGGCCAUAAACGCCCGCACUGGGACAUGGAGCUCGAAGAAGCCAUGGACGAGUCUAAGCGCGUGCGCCCCAACAAAAUGAGGAGGGGACUCAAUGACUCCGAGCUUUUGGACGACACCCCGUUUGCACUGCAGUGCCACUCGGAAGAGAACUACCGCUCCCUGGACCCCCUGAGCAAGGCAGUUGUGGACACGAUGCGGCUGCUGAUGGUUAUUGCGUCCGAUUCAGUGAUCAGCCAGCGGUCGGUGUUUCCGCUGCUUCUGUUUGAGCAGGUGGUGCUGUGUGCUGGAGACGAGGCACACAGGGUGCUCCAGUUUGCACCGCUUGGCUUGGUUCCUCAGCUGGUGCGAAGCAUGCCCCAUCUGAUGUCUCACCAGCUCGUCCUGGCCCUGAGCAGUCUCCAGACGUCGAGGGCACGCAAGGUGGCUGCGAGGGCCACUUGCCAGCUCCAGAUUGCUCGCACAUUGAGGAACUACACCACUUGAUUGACUUUCUUUCUGCUGGAUUGAACUUGCAUUGGAUCGUGUUCUCUCUGUGACUGAUUUUUUGUCUUGUGCUCGCAGCUUAAUACAAUUUCAGGCUGGGG